GAGUGAGUUUGUUAAGUAAUGUUCCAGAUGCUGUGAUAGAAGAGCUGUUAUUGUGUUAGUGAAUCUGGAUUUGAAUUUGCUGACAAUUUUGUUUUUCAUACCUCUCAAGUAAGAUCAUUUCAAACAAUGAUCAUGUCAAAUGGGGAACGGAUGAUUUUCCUAAGUUCAGUCUUAAUUCUUGUGAAUGCUGGACAAGGACAGGAAUGUACCGAGAUGAUAAGGAAUAAGGAAUAUUCAUGUUCUGGAAAGAAUUUGACUUGUAUUCCCGGCAGUCUUCCCUUCACUGUGGCAUCUCUGGAUUUCAGUUUCAAUUUCUUGACCUCUUUACAUAAAGGUGUAUUUCCUGUGCUGUUGAAUUUACAACUCCUGGAUCUCACAAGAUGCCACAUCAGACAGAUUGAAAAUGAUGCUUUCUGCAAUGUGAAGAAUUUGACCACAUUGAUUCUCACUGGAAAUCCUAUUACAUAUUUUGCACCUGAUUGCUUGAAUUAUUUAUAUAUGCUACAAAAACUAGUUCUUGUGGAUGUUGGUCUUGAAACCUUACAACUUCGUAUUAAUAACCUUACCAAGCUACAGGACCUUAAAGUCGGAACAAAUUACAUCCAGUCCAUGACUCUUCCUCCAUUCAUGAGCACCUUCAAAGACUUAAGUUUACUUGAUCUACAUGCGAAUAAUAUAUCCAUCAUCAGAACUGAUCACACCACUGUGCUGCGAGAGAUUGGAAGGAACAUGACGUUGAUUCUGUCUAGGAAUCCAUUAUUACACAUUGAACCAGGAGCUUUCAAGGAUAUCAUUCUCAGAGAGCUUCAUCUGCAAGCUGCCUUCAUUUCAUUAAAUGCACAAAAAGAGUGUCACAAAGCUCUCAAUGGCCUUACCGUGGAUAGGUUGUUUGUGGGACGUUACAGAAUGGAAGAAAAAAUCAAAUUGUCAGAUCCAGAUUAUCUUGAUGGUCUAUGCUCAAUUAAUUUUAAUGAAAUUUAUCUUAUUCAAAAAGAAUGGUCUGAUUUAGAAAUGCACUUGUUUCGUUGUAUGGUCAAUGCAACAAAAAUCACAAUAAAAAAAGGAUAUAUCAACAGCAUGAAACAUAUCCCAUUCUACCGUCUUAAGGAACUGUAUUUAAGUGACACUGGAUUAUCUGUUGUACCAUUUAUUUCACACAUUCCAAGCUUGGAAAAACUGGUGAUGAAGAGUCCCUUUCCUAUUACCUUUAUUGGUAUCAGUGACCUUCUUCUGCUUCAAUAUGUAGACUUGAGUGGAAACAUGUUGAUUUUGAAUGACUGCUGUUCCAAACUUUUUCUAAGGACACCAAAUAUUCAAUACUUGAAUCUUAGUCAAAACUCAGAAAUAAAAUUUUUUGAUGAGCCUUUUUCUGCACUCGACUUGCUUGAAGUGUUGGACUUCCACCAUACAAAACUAGUCAUAUUUUUUUACUUUGGAUUCUUAAAACAUCUGGCAAAUUUAAAGUAUUUGGAUAUUUCUUAUACACAUGUUCAUUUCAUUAACUUGGCUUUUCAGGACCUGCACAAUUUGACUGUUCUUAAAAUGGCAGGAAACAGUUUCGGUGGAGAUACAUUGAGUUACCACUUACAAAACAUAACAAGCUUGGAGGUUCUUGACAUUUCACAGUGUGGCAUUGAAAAAAUCUCCAUUAGGUCUUUUACUGGCACGCAGAAACUACGACAUUUAUAUUUAAGUCGAAACAAGUUGAUGGUUUUGGACUUUCUGACUCAACCAGAGCUGACACAUCUUACAUCAGUGUAUAUUGAUAAAAACAGUAUAACCACCAUCCCACUUGAUGUUCUCCAAAAGUUGCCCAUGAACCUUUCUGAGUUUGAUAUGUCCUCUAACUCUAUUGAUUGCUCCUGCUCUCAGACUGAUUUUAUUUUGUGGAUUAUUCAAAAACAAAACAUUUUAAAACAACUGGAAAACAUUCGGUGUAAAUCUUUUUCCCCAAAUACAGAUUUCAAAGCAACAGACUUUGACAUUGACUACUGUGUGCACAAGAAGAGACUCACAAUUGUUUUAUCAGUAAUUUGUGUUACGUUUAUAGUUGUGUUAGCAAUUUUGGUUUAUAGGUUCUGGUUUUAUAUUCAGUAUUGUUGGAUUUUACUGAGAGGCUACAGAUCCCCUGGACAGCAAGAAUGCUCUUAUGACGCAUUUGUCAUUUUCUCCAGCUAUGAUGAAGCUUGGGUCAUGAAUGAACUGAUGGAGAAUCUUGAGAACGGUGUGCCACCUAUUCAGCUUUGCCUUCACAUGCGGGACUUUCAAGCUGGGAAGUCAAUCGCCUCCAACAUUAUAGAUGAAGGAAUAAUGGGCAGUCGUAAGAUCAUUGUAGUCGUAUCUCAACACUUCAUUGAUAGUGCCUGGUGUCGUUUUGAGUUUGAAUUAGCUCAGUCUCGGUUUUUGAUGGAACGCAGUGCCAACAUCAUCAUCAUCAUUCUGGAGGAUGUGGCGGAGAGGAAAACCAAGAAAGUGUUUGGUCUACAUAAGCAUCUGAAGAAGAACACAUAUCUUAAGUGGAGCAGAGACAUGAGAUUCUGGAUACGGCUCAGGCAAGCAAUUUUACGGAAAUAAUCAAUGCACUAA